AAUGCAGAACUUUCAUCAAGAAAUGGGUAAUCAAGAAGACGCUAAUGAGUUCGGCGCCAUAAAUGGCAUCGCUACCUUGAACUUGAGAAACACUCUCACAGACACCACCUCCGCCGACCACCGCCCUCCCCUGUCCCACCAUUGCUCUGCCUGCGGUUGUUUUAUCAAGAAGCGUUCGCACUCUUCUUCCCUACUUUCACCCAGUCCAAAGAAAAAACUACUUUUCUCCCCCUCUGCCGCCUCUAACGACGGCAACGUCUGCGAAUUCGCGAAAUCUCCAAUCGCAGGGAAUUCGCUCCACCGCUGGAACUCCGAUUCCAUUAUCUCCUCUGAAUUUGGACCAAAGGCCGGAGAAAUCUUGACAACUUCAUCGCCGGCGAGGGCAUUCUCGUCUCUCCCUCCUCUUCCGCGGCCUCUCGUCCGAUCCGUGUCUGACCCACCUCCAUUAGGUUUACUGGAUACCUCGCAGUUUCCAAUUUCAGGAGAAAUUGGACCCAGUUCGAUCGUUAGGGUUGAAAACCCUAGUUACAACAAGAUGAAGAAGAUGAAAGAACAGCUGAAAGAGAUGAUCCAGUACUGGGAAGAUAUCGAUGAUGAGGAUGAUGAUGAAGAAGAAGAAAAUGGGGGCUCAAUAGAAAUGAGGAAUUGUGAGAAAGAAGAUGAAAAGGUGAUUGAAAGACACGAAGGAGAAGAAGAAGAAACAGAGACCAUAAGUGUUGAAAGACAUGGAAAUUCAUUGAUCAUUCAAUUGAAUUGUUCUUGCGGAAAAGGGUCUCAAAUUCUACUUUCUGGUAAAAAUUGUUAUCACAAGCUCCUCUAGAGAUCAAAUUCU